AUGUCUGGAGCACUGGCUGUGAUACCAGGCAGAUCAUACGACACUUUUUAUCCGAAGGAGGUCGAUCUCCUGCGUCAGCCAUCGCGCUACAAGGGAAAGGUUGGAGGACUGGGGCUGUGUGGUGUUUAUACUAUGGAUGCGUUUACGAUGCUAGGGCAAGUUAGCUGUCACUUGGAUCAAGCGAACCGGAGUUUAUGCCCCUCCCACCACAAUGCCGAUGUGCACUGCCCCGGGGAGCGGAAGGAGUGGGAAGCGGGAAUCUUUGGGUGGGGACCCAAUGACAAAGGCCCCUGUGAGAUGAUUGCUUUCCCGAAAGCUCCCAUUGGCUGGCGCGAUGUUGCCUCGAGACGGUAG